AGUUUAUUAAAGAGGAGAUUGAAGACAUGAGUGAUCCAGAACCAUCCAGAAUAAAACAUGAAGAUACUGAGGAACAAACGGACCGGAUUGAGAUGAAAGAGCAAAAACAAGAACCGAAUGAAGAGGAGGAGAAACACUGUGACUUCAGAACUCAAAGAAUAAAAGCCAAAAAGCUGCACAACUGCUCACAGUGCGAAAAGAGUUUCUCACACAAAAGAAACCUUAAAAGCUGCACCAAAUGAUUCACACUGGAGAAAAACCUCACAAGUGCUCAUAUUGUGACAAGAGUUUCACUCAGGCAGGAACCAUGAAAAUACAUGAGCGAGUUCACACUGGAGAGAAGCCGUAUCACUGUACUCAGUGUGGAAAGAGUUUCACAGAUAAAACUGAUCUCAAUGUUCAUCUGCUCGUUCACUCUGGAGAAAGGCCAUUUACCUGUGAUCAGUGUGGUAGUGAUUUUAAAUCAUCAGUACAUCUAAAAAACCACAUGAAAAUUCACACAAAUGAAAGGCCUUUUGCAUGUUUUUCUUGUGGAGAGAGUUUUGCUCAACUGGAUCAUUGUAAACGGCACCAAAAAAUACACACCGGUGAGAAAGAUCAUGUGUGUUGUGACUGUCCAAAGAGCUUUACUAGAUCUGACACUCUGCAACGCCACCAAAGAAUUCACACUGGAGAAAAACCUCACAAGUGCUCAUAUUGUGACAAGAGUUUCACUCAGUCUGAACACCUGAAAAAGCAUGAGCGAGUUCAUACUGGAGAGAAACCGUAUUACUGUACUCAGUGUGGAAAGAGUUUCAGAUGUAAAAGUGGUCUCAACCGUCACCUGCUCGUUCACUCUGGAGUAAAGCCAAUUACCUGUGAUCAGUGUGGUACAGAUUUUAAAUCAUCAGCAUUUCUGAAAAAACACAUGAUAAUUCAUACAAAUGUAAGACCUUAUGUAUGUUUGUUUUGUGGAAAGAGUUUUGCUCGGCUAAAUCAUUGUAAAAUGCACCAGAAAAUACACACCGGUGAGAGAGAUCAUGUGUGUUGUGAGUGUGGGAAGAGAUUUACUAGAGCUGCCCAUCUGAAACAGCACCAAAGAAUUCAUACUGGAGAAAAACCUUACAAGUGCUCAUAUUGUGACAAGAGUUUUAGUCACUCUGGAAACCUGAAAAGGCACGAGCAAGUUCAUACUGGAGAGAAGUACUACUGCCCUCCCUGUGAGAAGAGUUUUAGAUUUUUAAAAAGCCUAAAAAGGCACUUGAAAAAAUGUCACAUCGUCACAGUGAGCAACAUUUUUAUGUUAAAAUAGUCAAACAAAUUGUGUGAGAUAAACAAAAUAUGAAGUUGCGCCCAAAAGCACAAAUGCACCUUUAAUUAACCUGAUUAAGGAACUAUAGAGUGUUGUUUGAAGUUUCACCAUAAAAUGAUUCUCACAGUGUUAAUAAUAAUUUAAAUCUUUCCUACUGUGUAAUUAGUUUGUAAAAUCAGGCUGGACUUGGAGGUUUUGCUUGAAUGAAACCCAUUCACUUGUUUUCUAUAUGCUCAAAUUGUACAUGAAUUGGAAGAUUUUAACCAAUAAUAAUAAAA